AUGAAAUUUUCCUCAGGAUCAAAUAGACUAAUAAACAGCAAAAGAACGCGAACAUCUCUAACGAUUAUUCAAGAUAUGACUAUGCCAGCCAAUCAUAAUAGAAAAUCAUCAAUCCAGCCUAUUGAACUCAAUAAACAUGAAAUUUGUUAGUAUUAAGAUAAAAUUUAUUUUUCUACUCGACAAGUCUCUCCCAAAAAACCUGCAAAUUAGAAAAGCUUUGGUGAAACCUUGUUGAAAUCUACAUCUCAAAAAUUAUUAAAAACUACAUAGAAAGAGUUUCAAGAAAGUAACCAAAUAAAAGAUGGAGACACAUAUAAGAUGAUAUCUCCUAAGGUAGUAUUCAAAGAUGAUAAAGUCAACGUGUAUUUUGUUAAGGAAUUCAACAAAUACACCCAACAAAUUGAAACAAGAACAUUAACCCAGGAUUAGGGAAAUAAAGAACAAACAAUACAGGAAGUAACUAAUUAGAGAGUUUCAAUCAAAGGACCCAUGGGAGGCAAUUCAAAUUAAAUGCAAGCAAGAAUUUCUUAGGGAAUUUUGAGUGACCCUAAACAAUUAUUUGCAGGGUCAAGUAAAAAGAUCAAACUCGAAAAAGGCGAAACCUUCAAUACUAGUGUCAAGUCUAACUUAUGUAAAUUAUUGAAAUUAUAUCAAUGA